AUGGCAAAAUGCGAAAGAAGUUGUUCAGGUGGCAGUGCCAAGUCAUUCUGCCGCCAUUCGUCUCUAGCCCAGGCCGAACAAUACACUGUUAGCGCUGGCACCAAUGUCAAUAAAGGCAGGGAAUUGGCGGCCGUCGAGUACACAUACUCGAAGCUUCGACAAUCGGCCAAUGUCUGGAGGAAUGGUACUCGUCGCAUAAAUGACACUUUGGUGGCCGUGGUGUCUUGUCGGACUUCGGUGGGGGCUCGGGACGAACGGCGACGGCAGGAUGCCGUGGUGCUGCGUCGUGGGCAGCUUCUUUAUGACUUCACCCUCGUUCUGUCAAGCAGUGCACUUCAAUUCCUAAGAGUAAUCGAAGUCGAGACUCUGGAGAAGAUACGCGCAAAUGUAAUAAAUGUAACGGUUCUUGCUGGUGCUGAACGUGCAGGCGUUGAUGGUGUUCUGGUACAAGCUGAAGAACUCUUCAUCCAUCCUCAAUACUCAGAGCCUCCUAACACGACUAACGGAGGUCCCGACUAUGAUGUCGGUUUGAUAAAAUUGUUACAAAAUUUGACCUUCAGCGAUAUAAUUAGGAGUGUCCAAUUAAUUGAUGCAAAUCAACAAAUAGCACCAGGAACCAACGCCACGCUUCUAGGAUGGGGAUUGCAGUCAGAAAAUGUUAAUGACAGUUAUAACGAUGUACUUCAAGCAGUUUCUGUUCCAGUUAUCGCACAAGACAGAUGCAGAAGUAUGCUUAACCUUACCGAAGAGUACCUUACCGAAAGAAUGCUGUGUGCUGGUUACGACGAAGGUGGCAAGGAUUCCUGUUCCGGUGAUUCUGGAGGACCCUUGGUUGUCAAUAACACCCUCAUCGGUAUCAUAUCGUGGGGUCGUGGAUGUGGGCGUGAAGAAAGUCCCGGAGUCUACACUAACGUCACAGCCAUUCGUCAGUACAUAAGAGAUACUGCAUCGCUCUAAAAGAAGAUACUUGUUGUUAAGAUAUUAUUUUCAGAGGAAGGAUUUUUUUACUAAUAAGAAAUAUUUAAACUAAA